UUGUAGUGAUAAAUGAAUAUUGUAUCUUCUCAUACUUCAAAUAAAUUAUCCGAUGGAAUUAUCAGAGAAUACAACUAAUCUAAGCUUUAUCUCAAUUCACACAUAUAUGCUGCAGUAACUAAACAUCUAAAAAAAAUAACACUAAACGGCGGUGAACACUACUAAGCUCCCGAUGCACCCUUCAAAAACUUAUUGUGAUAAAUAAAGCUUCAGAUAAUCAAAGACAUUUUCAUUACUGAUAAUGUUGUCUAAUAUGUGACUGAAACGUCUAUUAUUCAGAACUACAUCCCACCCCCCUCAAACAACCGUUUAACCUAAACAGUUAAAUUUCUGUUCUAUUUACUUAUGACCACUUUGUGCAGACUCCUUGUUUUGUUGAUUUAUGAUAAACUGAAGAGCUAAAUGUACAAAAGUUUGUUUUGAUGUGAGAAAAAGAAAUUCUAUUGAAGAAAAAAUCUAGUGACCUUUCAAUCACAUCCAGAGAGGGCGUACAAAUCCCGGUGACUGGUUCCGGUUUUGCUCAAGUUUCCCCAUUUGAAAUGCCGACUGUAAGUAUGGCCAAUUUCGAUGGUGAGGACCUCCUGAGUGCUAGGUUAUUGUCAUUUAUGGCUAAUGGUGAACAAUCAAAUUCAGAUGGACAGUUUCAUAUAAGUGGAAAUAACAAUGAAUAUAACCCAGUUAAUACGUGUUCACUCCUACCAGAAUCUGGAAAUGCAGGCUUUAAUAUUGGGUCUCCAGGUCAUCGAAAUGUUCCAACUCCACACAUGUACGACAGAACAUCCAGUGGGAUAUCUUUAAGUCCCUCUUCAAAUGAUAAUGGAAUGUAUGGCGGUGUCCCCAUAAGCCCUAUUUCGGGUUCAUGUACCCCUCCUCCAACUGUUAUAUCUGCAACUGAUUUACCAGAUAGUUUCCUCAGUAUGCGCCACACGCAGAUUGGAGCACCUCCUUACUCAGCUCUUACAUCCCCAUGUCUUAGCAACAAGUUAACCUCCAUCCCACAGCAUUCAUUACUGAAUCUGAAUGGUGGAACUGGAAGUGGCGAUCGGCACAGUUUGCAGAACUCUCCAUUUUAUAAUCAGUAUCCUGCAAAUUUGCAGACACAACUACAGCGACAAUUUCCUGGGUUGUCACCAGGACCAGCCGGUACGUUAUUUUCAAGUGGAGUAAGCGGUUUCGGCAAUGCAUCACAAAACCUUAUCUCCAGAAAUGGAUUAUAUCAGGACGCUGCAUUUUCGCUCCCCGGUUUUCGUCCUACGAACUCCAACUCCGCUUACUGCCCACAGAGAGAACUUUUCCCUUCAAUCCAUUCUUCUCAUUCAAGUAACAGCUGUCAUAACUUCAUGGGACCUGGUCUGCUGAUGCAAGAUCGUUUGCAUUACUAUGCUAUAGCACAAAAACAUGGCUUCAUUGUUGGUUCUGAACUGGAAAGGAUUAAAGAAAAUUCACGUCGUUCUACUAGCCAGUCCUAUGGCAGGAUUUCAGCCUAUUUCCGUAAUCGUUAUGGGGAAACUGAAGCGAAGACCAAGGCAGCUUAUCUUCAGUUAGGAGUACGCGUUCCAAGCAAAGAUCAUGUUUCUGAAAUUGUUGGGAAAGGCGGUCAAAAAAUCAAACUUAUUCGCGAAGAAACUGGUGCUUUAAUUACAACUCCUGGUGAACAAGAGGAACAUGUUUUUAUUAUUGAAGCACCUCCAGAAAUUGCAAUGCGUGUCGCUCAUCAUUUAGCCACAAGAGCUCAAGAAAUAACUCAAAGCAAAAUUGUUGCUGGAGAAAGAAGACGUGGAUCCACAAGUUCUCAACCAUGUGGUAAUGAAAAUGGUGUGAAUAUUACAAACGGAUCUAGUGGGAACUUGGGACCGAGUUUAACUCCUGGUGGUUCAAAUAACUUUGUUCCUAACUCUUGCUCUUCUAUUUCUGGGAUUUUGUCACUGGGUAAUAGUGUAAAUAAUUCUCCACUUCAUCCAUCUACGACCGUGAAUGCAUCACUCAACGGAGGGACGCUUUCUUCAAACAAUGGUUCGCUUCGUAGCCCAAAUGCAUCCAUUUUCACACCUACAUUCUCUAGUUUGCCAGCUAGUCCUGGAAACUCAAACACAUUGGGCAGCCAAAUGCAAACGAAUACAAUCACCAGCGCUGGUUUAUUUUCGGGUACAAAUACCCCUGGUAGUCGGGUACUUCUGGCGCGUGGUCGAAUAUCCGUUCCUCAGGAAAUGGUGGGCAAAAUAAUCGGGACUCAAGGUUCAAUUAUUACCACAAUACAAAAAGACACUGGUACUGAGAUCAAAAGUCCUCCUAAGGAGGCGGCACGCGGUCCAAACGCAACUUCUGAGUUUGAGAUAUCCGCAUAUCAGGGGUUAGGUUUGAGUUCGAAUCAAGCUGCUGAAUGUCGAGUCCAACAAGCCAAGCAAUUGAUUGGUCACUUGGUUAUGAGGCAGCUAGAGAGACGUGCUAGUGAAGAAGUUGAAGAAACUUCUGGAUCAUCUAAUAUGAGUUCCGAAGAACAAAGAGGUAACGGUUCCAGUGCUCCCACUAUGCAAAAUGUUUGUAACAGUACUUCGAAAACAAAUGGGAGCGGUUGUGGGGGCUGGAUGUGGCCUGAUGUUGCUCAGAUGGAUUCACAAGAAGCGCGUGAGGUACUAGAUCGAAUUUUGGCUGAAUCAAAGAACAAAACUCGCCGUGCAAAGGAACUUGCUGUAGUAUCCAGUGGGCCAUCGUCGACCUCCAGUUGUUCAGUAUCUGCACUAAAUGCAACAGGUUCUUUACUAAAUCCUAAUAGCUGUACUGGUUCACAGAGUCUAACUGGAGACAACCAACAUUCUAAUCAUUUCCAGUCUCACAUGUUGAAUGGAACAUAUUUUGAUGGUGUUCAGACAAAUGGUUGUGACGAUGUAAAUUCUGGUGAAGCCUCAGUUUCCAAAGUUAAUUCUAACAGCCACUGUUCACUGAAUGAGUCAAGACUGUUGUCGGCUACAUUUAGUCCAAAUAAUGGUCACUUUAAUCAUCGUGCUUCAACUACUUCAAGUGAUGGUGUAUCUAAUGGAUUUCAGGCAUGUGUUCCGCGUACUCUUCAAAAUUUUGACCUGUCUGCACCAAAUGAUUUUCUCAUCCAUCUUAACCGAGCUCCUGGUUCUAAUUUAGUUUCGGACAUAUGGAAUUCAGCAGUUCCAUCAUUCACUUCGGUCCAAACGGAAUCCAGUACCCGACUUCAUGGUUAUGUUGGCUCUAAUUCAGCACUUAAUAAUCUAAUGACUUCAUCAUCUAAUCACAACAGUAAUGUACUUGCUUCCAAUCCCAAUCGUAUUCUAAACAGUCGAGCAUUAGAUAGUGCUUUUGAUACUGCUAUGUUCAAUUUCAAUGAGUCCAGACAGGAAGCCGAUGGAAAUGUCAGUCCAACUAUCUUACUGCAUAAUCGUCUACAACAACAGCAAAAUGAACAAGAUUUGCAUCAACCUCUGACACGCAGACAUAGUGAUUGGUUGGUGCCUUCAUCUCAUCUACUUACUGAAAUAACAGCUGAUUCAGGAGAUAGUGCUUCUUCACCUCGUAAUCAUCUUGUCGCUAAUGACAGUGAGUCAGGUACACAAUCAUACUCUGUUAACAGUUUUAAUUUUAUUCAUGCUUUGGAUCAGUUAUGCUUGAAUUCAUCCUGUGAUAAAGAUCCAGUCGUUAGUUCUACUAAUUCACUUUGUACUACAAUCAAUAACAAUAUGACUGCUUGUCCACCUGGCUUUGAAUCGCAUGAUCCCAAUGAUAACGAAUCGGUUUUCACUCUCAAGUCCAAAGAAUCCCUCGUGAGUUCAAACAAACUUUGGUCAUCUUCAAAUCCAAAUAAAACACAUGGUAGUACCAAUGGCAACCAUUCAAAUGGCAAUAAAAAUGUUCAUCUUAUUCCUACACUUCCAUCAUCUUGCUCAGAAUCAUUGAUGGGGUCGAGGCUAUUCUCGAAUACUUCUGUACUACAACGUUUGUUUAGUAAUCCUGGUAGUCAGACGUCCAAUGUAGUUUCUACUGAUAAUGAUAUUACUAUAUCUAGUCGAAUUAAUAGUUCAAUUUGGUCUCAGGCUAACAAUGAUCACAUUCCGAAUGGCUGUUCAUCAAACAGUAUUGAUGAUUCUUUCGGAUUUUCUUACUUUGAAAGUGGACUUGGUGAAAAUCACCAUCAAUGUAACCAAAAUGAUGUCUCUCAGAGUGUGGCGUAUUUUUCAGAAAAUUUAAGUGAAUAUACCACUUCCAGUUCAAAUAAUAACAAUAAUGGAACAGAAAAUGGCACUAUAAAUGGUAGUAAUCAGUCUGCACGUUGUGGAGCUAUCGGAGAAGGCCGUCGACGUAGACGCCCCAGUCCAAAUCUUUUGUCAUCUGAUAGUGACACAAUGUCUUUGUCUGUUUCCUCAGCACUCGCAUCGAUUACAGAAGUGGCCUAGACACAAUCUUGCUUUGUUCAGUCUUUAUGUUAUGUGUUGUUUUUAACCUCUUAAUCGUUUGAAUGUUUUUUUAGUUUACCUGUCAAUAUAAACAUAUAUAUAUAUAUAUAUAUAUGCUACUUGGAAUAUUAAAAAAACUGUAAACCUUAUGUGAACUUAGGCAUGCAAUAGAUUAUUAUCAUGUAUUCCUCAAAUCUACCAAUUUUUAAAUCUCCCAUAAUAUUUACUCUAUUAUAUAAUUUACCUUUGUAUGCUAAGUGAGAGACUUGGUUAUCGCAUUUCGGCUAAUUAUUACUAUUAUUAUUAUUCCAGUGUUUGUUACUACAACUACCACUAUUUAUGUGGUAUUAUUUUUUCAGAUAUUUGCUUUUGGGUUUCAUAAUUGCCUUCCAGCCAGUGUACCGAAAUAUGUUUCUCUCUGGUGUUCAUCCUUUUUCAAUGUUUAUCGGAAAUAUAACAUCUAGUAAUGGAUACCACUACCACUCUGCAAAUGUAUACCACUUUUUGUUUCUCGUUUCAGUUGGUUCUUUAACUCAUAACAACGAUUUAUUUCUCCUUUCAUGUUUUGGUUGCUUUUCGAUAGCCACCUUUCCUCCCUCUCUCUCUCUCACACACACAUUUUCUUGUAUUCUCGCCGUCUGGAUCUUCUGUUCAUUACAUUUCUCAGGGUUCUUUAUCAAACUAAUCAGCUUACAUUGCUAACAUUUGUGACUGUAUACUGUCAUCUACAUUUGUCAGAAUUUUCCCUUCCCGGUUAUUCAUAUAUGCAAAGAAAUCAAUCUUAUUCCCGGGUUAGGGUCUACACAUAAACAAAGAAUAUACAGAGGAAAUUCUGAACUAUAACAGCAAGAAAAACAGAAUUAUCGAUCCCGUUUUUUUGUUUUUCCCAAAGUAGAAGUCUUUUCUAGAAUUUGAUCCAUUUUUCUUCCCGGUUUUGAAUGACCGCAAAAUGAUAUGAAUCCAUAAGAAAUGUUUAUCACAUAAAUAAUCUCUGUGUGAGAGGUAAUUUAUCUCGCUUUGUCUGUGCAUGUUUCGAUCAUAUAUACAUAUAUAUAUGUAUUCAGGAAAUGAUUUGUGCAGUAGACACAAACAAAUUAUCAUCGGCAUUAUUUUUGUAUUACCAUCAGUUUGUUAUUCAAUGAAAGGAGAUUGUUCAAUUCUAUUCACUCUUCAACAUUCAUAUAUGAUAUCUACUUGGUAUCUCAUACGUUCAUGAACAGGAAUAGUUGAAUGUAGCAUUUCAUCUGAAUCAUCACAUUAUGCACUAUAUUUAACUCCAUCAGAUCGUGCAUAUCUUUAUUUUCUAAAUAAGCUGUGUGCUGAUUACCAUUACUGUUACCAUUAUUAUUAUUCUAUUGUUUCUUGAACAUCAUAUAUCAGUCAAUCUACAUGCCUACCUAUAUUACUGUUUCGUGGCUCUGGUAAGCUUUAUAUUGUAGUUUUGUAAACCACCAAUUAUUAUAUCCCCCUCUCUUUAGUGUUUUCUGUUAAAUGUCUGUUUCUUUUUGUCUACACUAUGUGUGAUCAAGUAAUGUUCGUCAUAUUGUCUUAAUAUUUUAUAUAUAUUAGAAUAUAAUCAGGUUCUGUUACUAGCAAUAACACUACCAAUACUAUUUAUCAAGUCAUUAUAAUAGAUGUCUGGUUAACAGAAACACUCAAAAUCGUAACUAUUAUUUUAUGUCUAGUAAUUGGAUUGUCGAUUUUCUUUGUUGAGUUGUACUACUUAUGGCUACUUGUUAAUGAAAAGGUUUUCCCGUAUUAUUUUUUUGUCGAUCAUAUGUCGUACAGACACGGUGCUCUUUUUCUUAUCUAUUAAUUAUUAUGUUACUGUUUUUGUUCCUAUGUAUGGUAUUACAUUAUAUAUAAAAAUUGUUAUUUUAAUAAUCAUGUUAAAGGUUAUUCUUGAUUUUCCCUGUGUCAGAUUUAAAAAUACAUUGUCAGGUUUCUCUCUUUCUUUCUCUGAGAUUUAAAUAAGCAAAAGAUGGUUGAAUUUGCAGAAUUCUCUAUCUACCGGUUCAUUUUUCAAUGUUCAUACACUGUCUCUCUUAUUCAUUCAAAUCAGGUGAUUUUUUCCGUCAAUCUUUAUUCCUUUCCAUAGGCACAUUGCUUUCCUCCAACUCUUACAUACUUAUUUCACUAUUAUUUUUCGAGAAUGAAAUGACAUUCAUACUGAAUCGUAUGUGAAAAAUAAAUUUUAAAAAAGCGAAAAAUAUCUUUGAGAUAUAAUUUAUUCAAGAUGAUAGACAAAACUUAUGUUUUUUUGAAGUACAUUUACUAUUUAGUUACACUUUCUGUUUCCAUAUACCAUAUUAAACCUAUAUAUUCUGCUUCGGAAUUUUUCUUAUCGUUUUCGCCUUCUUUGUCUUCUUCCUAUGGUAUAUCUUUGGCUAACAAGCCUUAUUUUUGUAAAUUGGACUAGAUGUUUCCUGAUUUUCCAACAACAUUAAUUAAAAUAUGUCCAUGUCUGUGCAUUAAUCUCUGUAUGUCAUCCACUCCUAUUACGUCAAUUCACCAUAUAUGCUCAAUAGGUCGAUCUUUAUCAUUUAUUGGAGACAGGUAUUUUGACAAUAUUGUUUGUUUGUUCUUAAGUUCAGGUGUUUCUUAACAUAAAACUCGAUUCUAUAUUCGUUACACAAAGUUGAAAUUCUCACUUUAUCCAUUUACAAUUCUUCAUAUAAUGACUAUCAACAACAAUAAUGAUAACAAACAGUUUAGAUAGAUACAGAGAUAUGUUGUUUUGUUGUUAUGUUUGCUGUUACUUAUUAUAUAGUAUAUGCAACUAUGUUCUACUGUUUUUACUCAUCACCCUUCGUAAUCUUCAUUUAUCACUUAUUGCUAUUCAUUGUUAUUAUUAUUAUACAUAUUGUUAUAUAUUACUUAUCUAUACCCUUAUACUAAUCCAUUCAUAAUUUAUACGCCUACUGGCGAUUGAACUUUAGAAAAUAACUUACAUACAAGUGGUUGAGUUCUAGUGGAGUUGAAAUGAAAUGAUAUAAUACUUUUCUAUUGCUUACGUUUUCUACAUAUAUAUUUUUUGUAUUGCUCUUUAAUGAUGUCUUCACUUAUUCCAUGUCUACGUGUGUGUGUGUGUAUUACGUGAUCUAGGGUUCUUUUUCCCAGGUGUUUUUCCGGAGAAGGUCAAGAAUUCGUGUUUGUUACCAUUUUUUAAAUACUUACUUACUCGUCGUUGAAUAUUCACACUAAGUGCACUACACGCAUUCAUUUCAAGAAAUUAAUCAAUUACAACAGAUAGAUGAUUUAAAGAAUAGAAAAUUUAAAUUGUAUCUUGAGUGUAUUUUACGAAUAUGUAUGUAUGUGGUGAAAAGAGCUUUAAUUUGCUUAGUAUAAGUUUGUAUUUCUUUAUGUCGAUACAAAAUGAUAUUUUUUAAUAAAACAAAAGAUAUAAAUGCUGUGUUGUCGGUUUUUGUCGUUUACCCGGUUGAGAGAGAAGAAUGCUUAUAUGGAACAUUACACUAUUAUUACUACUGACAAUUAUGCACAGCUGUAGCAUUUUCAUCUAUUCAUAUAUGUAUAUGUGUGUGUGUGCAUUUUGUGUAUGUGCAUGGAUGAAUGGUUACAAUCUAUUAGUUCCUACUGUGUGUUUUCUAGCCUUAACUGCACUGUUAUAAAAAAAUUAUGAUAAACAAUAAACUUCUUGUUUCAAUUUGCCUUUUAUUAGUCUGGUAGGUUAUAACUGUCAUGGAAGCUAAAGUGUGUACAUCUUAUGAAUGUUUUCUACGCAUGUGUUAUAUAAUACACAUACACGAAUAACUAACAAAAAUCUCUAUUACUUAUGCACUCAUAUAGUGGAGAUACUUUACUGAUAAUCAUAGUAUUGAUUAAUAAGCUAUUGCAUUUCACUUUUAUAGUUAAGAUCACUAAAUGAACUGAGUAAUUAUUCUGCUUCAACAAAAAUCUACCAUCAAGUCUAAUUUAUCUAUGAUGAUGAGCGGUUUCAUCGAGAAAUAAACUGAAAGCCUUCCAACCAAACCAAUCAGCUUGUGGUGAGAGCUGGCUGUUAGCCAAAGUUGGUGGACAGUAAUUUACGUUAAUGCUUAUGUCCCGAAUAUUGGAUGUGAGGAAAAUGAGAACAAAGGCUUUGCGUAGGCGGAUACAGUUAACAUACAGACGGUCUGACAUUCAAGAAACAGCCACAAAGAGAUGCAAGGUUAACUUUCCGUGAGAAACAACCAAUCAGAGGACUGUGUUUUUCUGCUAACAAUAAUCUAUAAUAUGUACAUGAAAAUCUAUAAAUAUGUGUUGAUUUCCUUAAUAAACGACCUGUUGC